AUGGCCGGGGCCGCGCCCAGAGCCGCUCCCUCCAACCGGCGCGGCCGCCGCUUCCUCCCGCCCGUGCUCGCCCAGGCCCGGCUCCCCCGCGUGACUCGGCCGGCGACCAAUGGGGCGCCGCAGCCGGCGGCCAGGGGCGGCACCAACAGCAGCCGGCGGCCCGGGGCGGCACAAGGCCUCGAGGAGCCGCGGCCGGGGCCCUCCGGCAGGCAGCGGCGCCCCCCGGCAGGCAGCGGCGCCCCCCGGCAGGCAGCGGCGCCCCCCGGCAGGCAGCGGCGCCCCCCGGCAGGCAGCGGCNCAGGCAGCGGCGCCCCCCGGCAGGCAGCGGCGCCCCCCGGCAGGCAGCGGCGCCCCCCGGCAGGCAGCGGCGCCCCCCGGCAGGCAGCGGCGCCCUCCGGCAGGCAGCGGCGCCCCCCGGCCCCGCGCAGGCAGGAUCCGAGGACGGCGCCGCCUGCGGGCGCACAGCAGGAGCGGGGCACGCCGGGGCGGGCAGCGAACAGCGAACCAUGGGCAGGGAGGCACCACUGGGGACAGCGCGCUCCUCUUGCGCUCGAGACGCAGGUUACACCGUAUUGA